AGAAUUAGGUAGCACAUGGUACGACCAAGGACGAUUGAUGAACAAGAAAAAUUCGAUUACCGAUUUGAUUUCGGUAAUUGAUUAUCUUAUUAGGACUGGAUAUUCAAAUCCAUCUCUUGUUGCGUCAAUAGGUGUUAGUGCCGGAGGAUUAUUAUUAGGUAAGAUUUAACUACGCUAAUAUUAUAUAUUGCUAAGUUAAUAUUUUUUUCUUGUUUCGCAGGAGCUGCUUUUAAUAUGCGACCAGGUAGGGGAAUUUUUUUUAAAUAUUCUAAACUUCUUUGAAUAAAGCUGGUAUAUUUUUAUUUGGUUUCUUAGAUCUAUUUCGCGCAAUCAUUUUGAGAGUUCCUUUUUUGGACCCGCUAUCAAGUAUGUUAAAUUCUGAUUUACCACUCACUCGAAUAGAGUAUAACGAAUGGGGAAAUCCUCUUGAGAAUAAAGAAACCUAUGAGUAUCUUGCUAGUUACGCGCCAUAUGAUAAUAUUUCAUCUAUAAAAUCACAACAAACAUGUUCAAUAUUGGUUACGGCAGCCAUGAAAGAUCAAAGAGUUAGUUACUGGCACCCAUUAAAAUGGGUAGCUAGAAUGAGAAUAAAACAACUAAUAGAUAAAAAUGAUAAUUUGUUAAUUUUAAAAGUUGAUAAGGAAAGAGGCCAUUUUGGAGCUGAAAAUGAUCAGUCAAAAAGAAUUAAAGAUGUAGCUUUGGAACUUGCAUUUCUCAUUUCCCAAGUUCAAAAUAAAUAAUUUUAUUCAAUUUUCUUAAUAGCUUGUUUUGCUAUUUCAAUGAUUGAAGUUAUAUCUGCAUAUCUAUCACGAGCUUUUGAUAUACAUGUUUUUAAUUGUUCUGAUGAGCAUGAAGAUCCAGUUUUCCAUAUAUUACAUAAUUUUCCGGUUUCAUCAACUACGACUGUAAUUCCAUCUUUAGUGAUUGAUUCUUCCAUUUCAUUCGGAUCAACCAAUAAAUGUUGUCCAUCAAACAUGGCAAACGAUGCUGAAUAAGUUAUCCGUAUAAGGCCAAGAAUAAUUGUCUUUUCCUCAGUAGCCUUUACUAUACCAUCUUCAUAGACUGCUUCAGGAAGUCUCACUACAAGACUAUAUGAGGUUAAUAUUUGAAUUUUUUUCUUUAAAUAUGUUUAAUGCGCUUACCAUUCAUUAAAGCAGACAUUAAU